AUGAUAGGACGGGGUAUUGGCACUGCUGAACUUGCAGAGCACAAGGCACAACGAAAGUCUGUUCGACCAGCCUUUCUCGGCCAUGUUAUCAAAGAACUUGUCCCGAAGAUGUGGCUUAAAGCUCUUGAAUUCUCAGACUUCAUGGCCACUGAGUCAAAGGCCACUGACGGUACCAUUGAGUUCCACAGAUUAGUCUCCCUGGUGACACUUGAUAUCAUUGGAGUUGCUGCUUUUGGCGAGGAUUUCAAGUCUCUUUAUGGUUCACAGAAUGAGCUCGCAGCUACGUUUCGUCGAAUGUUAGAUCCAACCUGGGAUUUUAUCAAAUACUUUGUUGCAUGCAUGUUACUACCGAGCUGGAUUUCCGCCAUGCUCCCAAUGGAGGGAAACAAAACGUUGACAGCAUGCAAGUCUAAACUGCUGAGUCUCAGUCACCAGCUAGUUACAGAUAAAAAGGAGGUAGUUAAGAAAGGGGGCAAUUACAGCACAACCGUCUUAUCAGUGCUUCUAAAAAAUGGGGAAUUUUCUGAUGACGAUAUACGGGACCAGAUGUUGACAUUCUUGUUUGCAGGUCAUGAAACUACGAGUACAUCAACCACUUUUGCCAUGUACCUUCUUGCUACACAUCCUGAAAUUCAAGAGAAACUUCGACUCGAAGUUCAGGGAGCAUUAUCACAGUGCCACCCACAUGAGCUCACGGAUCAAAUUUUUGAGUCAAUGCCAUUCCUUGCAGCGGUCGUGUCCGAGACUCUCAGACUUUGGCCGGUGGCGAGGGACAGCGUCAUUCGGGGGGUCACAAUUCCUAAGGGCACACGGGUUAACAUGUCCAUCUUAACAGCCAAUCGGUCACAGUCUAUCUGGGGAGCAGAUGCGGCCGAAUUCAGACCUGAAAGGUGGCUCGGCGAGGGCAGAGAGACUCAUGGAGGGACUAACAACCGCCUUGCAAGUAGCAUUACUUUCUUGUUUGGACCACGAAGUUGUAUUGGACAAAGCUUUGCUAGGGCAGAGAUGAAGUGUCUGAUUGCAGCUAUGGUGGGAAAGUUCAAAAUUGAGAUGCUGCAUUCAGACCAGCAGGUUGUGGUCGCCGGGGCUGUAAGUCUAAUUCCAUCACCUCCUUGCCCGGAUAUGCUGUGUCUCUCUAACACUUUAUAUACUCUUAGCUCACGAUCAAGCCUAUGA